AGAGUGCAGUUAAAGAGACUAAACGAUAGAGGUCAUUUUCUAAUUUUCGUAAGCUAUUACUGUUUACCUCAUUAUUUUGGAUUUCUUCUUUUAUAAAAUCUCCCGUUCGACUAAAUAAUGGCUUUAUUUUUGCGAUCCACAAAAUUAGCCGCUAGGCUCACACAAGGACCAACUAAAUGCUUUUCAAGGAAUUACGCUGAUCAAAUGAACUUCACAUUUGCUGCCGCCAAUCAAAUUUUCUAUAAUAACAAAAAUAUCAAACAAGUUGAUGUACCAUCUUUUAGUGGUUCAUUCGGUAUCUUACCUAAUCAUGUUCCCACAUUGGCAGUUCUCCGCCCUGGUGUUGUAACGGUAUACGAAGAUGAAGGAACAUCUAAAAAAAUAUUUGUUUCUAGUGGAACGAUAACUGUAAAUGAAGAUUCUAGUGUUCAAGUUUUGGCUGAAGAAGCUCACCCAGUUGAAGAUCUUGAUGGAUCAGCUGCGCGUCAAGUAUUACAAGAAGCUCAAAGUCAAAUGGCAACUGCAUCUGGUGAUGUUGCCAAAGCAGAAGCUGCCAUUGCCGUUGAAGUAGCUGAAGCACUUGUUUUAGCAGCAGGAAACUAAUACUGAAUGUAAACUAUGUAUUAUAUUAGUGUGGAAAUUUAUUUAAAAAUUUUCUCAUAUACAAUUAGGUUUAAAAAUUAAAUUGAAUUUCUACAUAUUCCGUUUCAUUUGUUGAUUUUGAAGUUGAAAAUUUUAAAUUAUAAUUAUUCUCGAUCAAUAUCCAAUAAAAAAUUCCAUAAUUA